AUGAGCAACGUAGGCCAGGCUAUCCUUGACGCCCUCGCCGCGGCCGCCGACCCAAACCAGGACGUUCGUCAUCGCGGCGAAACGCAGCUACAGCAACUAAAAGCCAAUCCAGAUGUUUUUUUCUCAAGCUGCGCGGAGCUCCUGACGAACGCCAGCCUUCCGACGAGGGGCCGGCAGCUUGUGGGGUACCUACUGAAGAAUAACCUCUCGCAUCCUUCAUGCGUACAGAACACGACGCUGCAGGUGUCAGUCAUGAGCCGCGCGGUUGUGGAUCCCGAGUGCAGCAUACGGGCUGUUGCCUGUACCAUCAUCAGCUCCGCUGUGAGGGAGACGUACUGGCCUGUGGAACCUGUCGUAAAGUCGCUCACAGAAAUCCUUACAACUCGCACAGGUGAGCCUCACGCCGUUCACGGCGCGAUGCGUGCACUGUCACAGAUCGUGGACGAUUGUGUGCAACUACUAGACAUGCGGCAACUGACCGGGGCAGUGGUGAAUGCUAUUCUGCCGUACCUCAGAGCUCCCCCGGCGGGGCAAGAGGGCAUGGAAGUGCAGCUCAAGGCAUUCGACGCCACCGCUGUGGUGUUGGAACAGGCAGGUAUCGACUACAGCAGCUUCUCGUACAGCAGCAUGGGGCCUCAUGUUCUGAACGUUAUUGACGCUUGCUUCAUAAACCUGCAAAAUCCAUCUUCCAACCAAUUGUCAACAAAGUGUGUGAAGUGCAUCGUCCUGUCGCUUGGUUACCAUGACCUUAUCUCUGAUGAGCUGUUUCACCGAAUAACGAGCCUCAUGAUCAUGGCCACAAUAUCGGAGGGUGGGAUAGAUGAAGAGCUGCGCAUUGAGGCAACUGAGUUUUGGCGUGGUGUGCUGUGCUUCCCAAGAUUUGCUGUCCUUGUGGAGCCAACGCUAGAGAAGGUGAUUCCCGUGUUGAUCCGCUCAAUGGUGUACUCCGAUAUGGAGAUCGGCAUGCUGCAGGCAAGCGCGGAGGACUGGAAUGUCCCCGAUAAGUUGGACGACAUCAGGCCACGGCAUUAUCAGGCGCGCGUAAAUAACGCGGGUGUGGACGACGACGAUGCCGAUGAUGACGAUGAUGAUGGGGAGGUUGAGGAAUGGAAUCUUCGCCGUGUGUCAGCGCUGACGCUUGACUCCAUUGCCGAGCAUUAUGGUGAAAAGAUCAUAUUUACUGUUUUAGGUGUCAUUGACGGCAUGAUGCAACCCAGCAAGCCAUGGAAGGAAUUGGAAGCUGCUAUCUUGGCGUUGGGAGCCAUCAUGGACGGCUGCUUUGACUCCAUGUCACCUUACCUCCCCGAUAUCAGCACACGGCUUCUCCAGUUACUGGAGGACUCUUCUGUACACUUCCUUGUGGGAACCAUUUCGCUCUGGACCAUGACGCAGAUUGGUAAGUAUGUUGUGUAUGUACCCGAGAAAUUGCAAAGCUUUUUGAGGUGCGUUCUCCAAAAAAUGCAAAGUCCCUCCAAGCUCCUACAGGAAGCAGCCACUGCGGCACUUCAGAAAACGGUUGAACUAUGCAGCGAGGGGCAGCUAAGCAAUGAUGUUCCAGCAAUCGUGGACUGUGUUGUGAAGUGCUUGCGCGGGUAUCAACUCAAGAACCGCGUGUUGCUAUUCGAAACGCUGGAGACGGUGUGUGAGGUGCUGGGGGAGCAGCUGCGCGCCAGCCCAGACGCCGUGGAAGCACUCAUGGUGCCACUGGGCGAAAUAUGGGGCAGCACACCUAACGAUAGCCCGCUACUCUUCUCCUUCUUCAAGUGUAUGUCCGGCGUCUGCAGGGCGCUCGGCCCCGCGGUGCAGCCGGCGCUGGCGAAGGACAUCUUCGAGCGCUCCUACGGCCUGCUCGUGCUACACGUGCAGGCACGCGCAGAGGCACGGCGCAUGAAUCAAGACCCGCCCGAGUACGAGUUCCUCGUGACAGCCACCGACCUGUUGUCCGGGCUCUUCGACGCACUCGGCACUGGUCUAGAACCGCUGGUGUUGCAGUGCAACCCGCGGUUCGUGGUGACGGUGCUGGAGAUGGUGCACGAUGAAGAUCCAGAAAUACGUCAGGGCGGCUUCUCCCUCCUCAGUGAUCUCGCGAGGAGCUGCCCGGCCGCCGUGCAAGAAGUACUGAUGGAGGUGGUGAAGGCAUCGCUGCAGAAUCUGGCGGUGCUUGACGAAAACACGUACGGUGUCGUCAGCAACGUGGCGUGGUUUCUGUGCAACCUGAUGGAAAACCAGAUGGACAUGAACAAUCUGCCAACUUUAGACGCGGCCAAUGGACUACCACAACUGUUUGCUGCACUUGCCCGCAUCCUUGGCGCCACCGCCCACACGGCGGAAAUGCGCAAUAUGGCAGAGAACACAUGCCUUUGCCUCGGCCUCAUGCUUUACGCGGCGCCGGGUGUGGAGAGCCAGCCAGGGUGCCACCUUGGUCUCUUCGCCGAGGCCUUCUGUGCGUAUAUGCGAAAUGUGAGGGAGGAGUCGCACAAGGAGCAGGCGGUGAGUGGGUUUCUGAUCGCCGCGCGCCAGCAGCUGCCUCUGGUCGUACAAUUUCUUCACCUCUUCUUUGAUCUCGCCCUCUCCGUUGCGACAGCCUCACACGAUGUAAAACGGGCGAUGGGGGAGCUGCUGAUGGCGGCGAAGGCACACAACACUCCACAGUGGCAGCAGCAGCUGUCACGCUACAGUGAGCAGCUCCGGACACGCCUUUUCCACGUUUACGGCAUUCAGUAA